UUUAACUUUUGCUGAAAGCUCAGCAUAAGCUUCCUGCAGAUACCUCUGCAACAUUCUAUUACAUAUUUCUAGUUUUUGGUUCUUACCGCUAAGUUUCUCAUGGCUGCUGCAAACCACCGUGCACCCCUAAAGCCCCCCAAAGACGGAGAUCUAAUUACAGUUCUUAGCAUAGAUGGAGGUGGUAUAAGAGGAAUCAUCCCUGCUGUUAUUCUCAAGUUCUUGGAAGAGAGAUUACAGGAAGUAGAUGGAAAAGAUGCGAGAAUCGCAGACUAUUUUGACGUGAUUGCUGGAACAAGCACAGGUGGUCUGAUUAGUGCAAUGUUAACGGCACCAGAUAAAGAGAAACGCCCUAAACUCCCUGCUAAAGAAAUCAAGGACUUCUACUUGAAAAAUAGCCCCAAAAUCUUCCCACAAUUCUGGCCCUUUAGUUUUGUAAAGUAUAUCAGAGCAAUGUUUGGCCCUAUGUACGAUGGCAAGUAUCUCCACCGAAUUAUUGAGGAUAAUCUUGGAGAAAUAAUGCUGGGGCAGACAUUGACGAAUGUGGUUAUUCCAACUUUUGAUAUCAAAAUCCUCCAACCAACCAUUUUCACUAGCUUUCAGUUCCAGAGAGAGAAUAAGUUAGAGGAAACCCCAAACUUGAAUGUUAAACUCAAGGAUAUCUGUAUUGCCACCUCCGCUGCACCAGUCUUUCUGCCUCCCCAUCAUUUCUCUGUCAAUGACUCUGAACCUAACAAAGAUUCCGAAAAGCAAGGGAAAACGGAAUUUCACCUCGUCGAUGGUGGUGUAGCUGCUAACAACCCAGUUAUGGUUACCUUGAGCGAGGUUGUCAAGAGAUAUCCACAUAUUUUGCGUCCUGUGGGUCAAAAUAAUAGAGGUUCUUCGGGUUCAAAUGAGGAAACUGAUCAGGAUUCAGAACCAAGAGACAAUGGGGGAGUUUUAGUUAUUUCUCUGGGGACUGGGUCAGGAAUGAGUGAGGCGAAAUACAGUGCUGAUAAUCCAUUUGAAUGGGGAGGAUUUUCUUGGUUAUUCAAGCGUAAAUCAAUUCCACUAGUAGAUGUAUUUACUCAAGCCAGUGCAGACAUGGUGGAUGUCCAACUUGCAAACAUUCUUGAAGCUCUUAAUGUUGAAUACAACUAUCUCCGAAUUCAGCCUAGGAGUGAGGAAUUAGUGGGAGAUUUAUCUUCUGCUGACAUCGCGACCCAUAAAAACUUGAUGGGACUUGUUAGGGUUGGCGAAAAGUUGCUGGGAGAAAAAGUCUCGAGGGUGAAUUUGCUAACUGGUCAGCUGGAGGAAAUAAGACAGUAUACUAAUGGCGAAGCACUUGAGAAGUAUGAACUUGAAACCUAUAAUUGCUUCAGAAAUCUACCACAAUACAUAUAUUACAGAUUUGCUUAUUGAUGUUCUUUACACUUACAGGUUUGCAAAAGUACUUUUAGAAAACCGGAAAAAACGUGGAGAACGGGUUGAUGGCUAAGGAUACAGCCAGCCUUGGAUUAAUUUCACUGCACUACCAGCCAAUAGAUUGAGUAAUCUUUGUGUAUAUUUUGUUGUUUCUUGUUUUCAUUUCUCGUUUGUUUAUGAAUGUAUUUGCAUAUCUCACCUAUGAAUUUAAGGAAAUAUCUUGAUUCCUCAAAUGAAGAAUGUGGUGUUAUGGUUCAUGGCUUGGUCGGUCUUUUAGGAAGAAUUUGUCUAAUAAUUACUUCUCUUUUAUAUUUAUUUAAUUGGUCUUCUUUAAAAUAUGGAAAGCUGCUAAUUGGCUUUUGGCUUCUCAGGUUAGGGCCCGUUUGUAUGGGCUCAAGCUUUGGUUCAAACUACUUUCACUAAGCUGCUGCUUUGGAGAAGUCACCCAGUUCAAUGAUAAGCCGCUCUUAUCAAAAAAAAAAAAAAAAAAUCAAUGACAAGCCACUUUAAUUUUCUGCUCAAAGACAGCAGAUCUGGGCUUAAUGCCUGUUUUGGAAGAAUUUCCCAUAAUGAAUUUUGGCUUUGUGAGGUGGGCCCCACUUCUAGAGCCUAUAAGAAAUAUUUGUUGAAAAGCCUAGAAACUCCUAGUAGUUUCUCUCAAGCAACUCUUUAAUCCAAUGAGUUUAUGCUUUUUCACUUUUAUUAUUUGUGAAAUAUUAGAUAUAUCCAUCCGUGACUUCUACAUUCUCCAAACCCUUGCAAACCUUUCUAUUCGUUGUAUUAUAAGCUAAGGGCAAAUAAGCUGGGCUAAGGCAAUAAUCAGACACUAGAUGAAAUGCCUUCUUUAUACUCAAGCGUCGUAAAUGAAGACAAUAUCUCAAAUUAUCCUUUGUCUUUCCCCCAAUACUCAAAAGCAUUCCUAAUAAAUUAUCACAUACAUUUAUUUUUCUCUAUGUGCAUCAAUGUAGAUUGUAAUGUAACAACAAGCAUUGCCAAUAUGGCAAGUCAAAGAGUAUGUUUUUUUCUUCUUUGAAUUCAAUUUCUCAUUGGAGGUAUAAUUCUUCUUUCCAUUCUUCUCACCAACAUUUUCAUCAUUUUGUUAGUAGUGUUUCUCUUCUUUCUCUUUCUUUUCCUCUCACCUACAAUUUCAUCAUUUUGCCUACGGGUGCUUCUCUUCUUUUAAUUUAAUUUAUCAUUUGAGGUAUCACUUCUUUCUGUUCCUCCCAUUAACAACUUCAUCCUUUUUCAAAUAUAGGUGCAAUCCUCUACUCUUUAUUCCUAUCAAAUGAUGUUUUAUCACUUCGAAACUUAUGACGUUCAUAAAAAAUUUGAUGAUGCUCCAUAUAACAAAAUUUGUGGUUAUGCUUUAAUUUUAAUGAAUAGGUAUCUUCAUUAGAUGAAGGGGCAUGACAAUUUUCCUUUGAUGCUCCAUCCUUAGAAGUUUGCUUAGAUAGGAAAAUCAUUGAUAGUCCAAAGAUCGAACAACUACAACAACUACACCUAUUCAGAACAUUUCAUUCUUUAGUCCAUCAUACUUGUGUAUGUCAUGCUCCAUGCAGAGUUCAAGCAAUUCAUUUGUUAAGGGUUGUAAGAAUACAUCAAAUUCAUUUCCUGGUGCAUGUGGUCCAAGAAUAAGCAAUAGCAUCAUCAUAUAAGGUUGCUUCAUGUAUAUGCAUAGGGGAAAAUUAUGUAUCAUUAUACAAUAGGCCAUGUGAUACAAGUAGAAGUCAUUAUUCCAAAUGGACUAAAUCUAUCAGUUGCCAACCUAAUUUUAACAUUAUGUGUAUCUAUAGCAAAUGGUGGAUGAAUACUGUCAAAGGUUUUCCAUGUUGGAGAGCCAGCAAGAUGCCUUAAUACCCAAUCCUUAAUUCUCCCUUCAUCAUGCUAUCCCAUGAAAGAUAAAGUUUUUGAUGGUGUGAAUAGUCUUUGUAGCCUUAGUAUGAGGAGCAAGUGGCAAUAAAUUAUACUAUAAAAUCUGUAUAUGUUAGAAGUUUCAUUAAUUUUACAUGAUAAUAGUUUUAGGAAAUGAAACCUAUGCUUGGAACUAGAUACAAAAACAUAUUGAAAGCAUAUUAACUGGAUAAUGUUACCUGUGUGUGUAGGAUCUAUAGGAAAUGGAAAUAGCUACUUCCUUAGCUAUGUGCCUAUAUCAUUUUCUGAAUCUAGUUAUUAUUGGUUCUUGUUUCGACUAAUCAACCUUUGAAAGGCGAUACCCAUGUGUCCACAAUUCUAUUUUUAUAUUUCAAGACAUUGAUAUCAUUCAACUUCACAAAUAAUAUAUUUUAAUAGGCUGAUGUUCUUUCAAAGGAACCUUUACUUUUAGUUAUCAACAUCGGAUUUUUGCUCGAUGUUGCUUGAACCCCAAUUAACAUCAUACUCUGGAUUAAAUUUUUCCGAUCUCUUCAAAACACCUAAAACCCAAAAGAAAACAUGAAUUUCACUCUGAGAACCCUCAAAUCCAUUGUUAAACCUACCCAAUACCUAUCCAAUGGUCCCAAUCAAUUCUCACUUACACCUCAACCAUUAGAUCAGACACAUCCACUAGACGUAGGACCUCCCAAAACACCUACCCAUGAAAUUUAAACUCAAGAUUCCUUUAUUUACCCCCUCAUCAAACGAAGAUUUCAUUUCAACUAGGGGUGCAAGUCGGGCAGGUUGGGUUGGGUUAUGGUCAACCCAGGCCCAACCCUAAAAUUUGGGUUUAAGGCUCGAACUUGAGGUCAAGCCCGAUUUUCCCAACUUGAGCCUAGCCCGCCCUAUAAUUUGAGACACUCAGGUUGGGAUCGAGCUCGGGCCAAGCUUGAGUUGGUCAAUGAACCCACUCUAAAAUUAUAAAUAUAUAAAUG